AUGCGAAGUCAGUUACUUCUUCAAUCACCUUUGCCUUCUAUGAGCAAAGUGUUUUCCUUAUUACUGCAAGAAGAAAGCCAAAGGUCUCUAUCUAAUGUUGUUGGUAUUUCCAUAGACUCUCAUGCAAUGAAUGCUGCACAAACACAGAGAUCUGUUGCCAUGAGUGGUAUUCGCUUCACAAAACCAAAGAUCAAAGGAAAUGUUACUUGUUCCCAUUGUGGAUGUAAUGGUCAUCUUGCAGACAAGUGUUUUCACUUAAUUGGAUACCCACCUGGAUGGAAAGGAUCACGAGGAAAGAAAAAUUUUCCUGUUCAACAAGGAAAUACAAACACCAAUUUACCAAUGCAAAUAUUGUUUCUUCUUUGGAGUCAAAUUCAACAAAUGCUGCUUCUACAUCAGUUACCAAACAAAUCAUCUAUGGUCUAUUUACCAAAUGGCCAUUCUGCUCCUGUUGUUUUUACUAGAAAUAAUCUAAUCAGCUGGAAGAUGAUUGGUCUUGCUAAAGUGAAAUCUAGCCUAUAUUACCUACAACAACCUUCUAUUCUAGCAAGGAGCAAAACUGAUUUCAAUUGCGCACCUUCAGUUCCUUUAGCAAAUACUUGUAAGACCAAUGCUGAUAUAUGGCAUCUUCGACUAGGACAUAUUCCUCCUACCAGAUUAAAAAUCAUUAGUGAAAUAGAUUCCAAUGUAUCAGCACCUCAGAAUCAUAUCUGUGAAGUCUGUCCUUUAGCAAAACAAAAGAAGAUUCCAUUUCCUAUGAUUAUUCAAGAUUUACUUGGCUUUAUCUCAUGA